ACUAUUAGCAACAGUAGGCCCUAUAAUUGAUUGUUUGCGAGUGUAGGCAAAAACCAAUGGAAUAUAUCAAAUUCAGCGGCUGUACCAAACACACAUCGCGCAAUUUUCCCGCCAAAUACUUGCUUCUGCAGCUAUGGAUCAUAAAGGCAGACAACUCUUACAACUUUCUCAUAAGAAAAUCGAUUUGUUUAGGAAGUGGAUCGGGAGUUGAUAUUGGCGGAGUCUGGUGUUACCUGUAGCCAGAGCACUACUUCUGCUUAGCUUCAUAAUUGAUUGGCUAGGCACGUGACGUUGCGGGCAUAAUCAGCGCAGCAGACGAACCAACACAGAAUGGUGUAGAUACACGAGAGAAAUGACAUGCUCGCUGUCUCUCCAUGUAAACAACUUGUAUCAUUAUAAUUACUUGACGAGGAAAAUGUAGUGCACGCCUCUUUAUUUGACAACCCCCAUGGAUUCGUUGACAUGUCUUCAAAAUGACGUCGGCAUCUGAUAAAAUUAGAGUGCUUGUAGUUGAAGCAACAGCAUUAUAAGGGGGAUUAUAGGCUUGAAUUAGCACUACCAUCUUGUAUUUAGCGAUAAGACAUUUGAGUUCCAAGACUAAUCCAGUCGCUUUACUUUGAACUGUUGAAGAUCUGGUGUUGACACAAAUAUAGUUGACAUCGAGAGCAGUGCCGUUACCACUCUGCGGUUCCAGAAUCAACGUCGUAUGCCGAGGACUAUGGAUCGACGAAAGAGAAAAGGAUGAAAAAGAUUUGACGGUGCCAAUGUGCUGGAGACCAUGACUACGGCCCCACCCAGCCCUGGGGUGGAAGUUCAUCCCAGCCUAUAGGAUCCUUUAUAUCAGCUUCCUCUUCCUCAUAGCACUGAUCCUGAUCUCUCAUUAAACUUGGAUCCUCUAGCAGCCGCGAUGGGAGCCGCUAAUUCCAGUCGCAAAGAUUCCUUCGACGCUCAGGGUGAAGUUAACUUUGACCAUUUCCAAAUUCUCCGAGCCAUUGGGAAGGGAAGUUUUGGAAAGGUAUGCAUUGUUCAGAAAAAGGACAGCAAGAAGAUGUACGCCAUGAAAUACAUGAACAAGUCAAUGUGUAUAAAGAAGGAUGCUGUGAGAAACGUGUUCCGUGAGGUGGAGAUCCUAAUGGCACUGGAUCACCCGUUCCUCGUUAAUCUGUGGUUCACCUUUCAGGACGAGGAGGACAUGUUUGUAGUUGUGGAUUUGUUACUAGGGGGUGACCUUCGCUACCAUAUACAAAAGGAAGUACAUUUUGACGAAUCACAUGUGAAAUUGUACAUCUGUGAGUUAGCUUUGGCUCUGGAUUAUCUACAGACUUACAACAUCAUCCAUAGGGACAUCAAGCCAGACAACAUUCUCCUGGAUGAAGAAGGUCAUGUCCAUAUAACAGAUUUCAACAUCGCCACAGUCCUGAGUGACGGACAGCUAGCCACGUCCAUGUCUGGCACCACUCCUUAUAUGGCUCCCGAGGUGUUUGCGUGUGCAAUGGACGAGUGUACAGGAUACAGUUUUGCUGUGGACUGGUGGUCGCUUGGUAUCUGUGCCUAUGAAAUGCUAAAAGGAAGGCGGCCGUAUGAGAUUCACAACAGUACCUCUAUACAUGAAGUCAAACAGAUGUUCACCGGUUUCAAAAUUCACUUCAACUCAAUUUGGACUGAUGGCCUCAAGGAUAUACUCAAACAGUUACUGUACCUUGACCCCAACAAAAGAGUUUCCAGUUUGGAGAUGUUGAAGAAGCACUCCUAUGUAUGUGAUGUGGAUUUCUCCAAAGUGAUGUCCCGCGAAAUCAAGCCCUCUUUUGUGCCUUCCAAAGACCAUUUAAACUGUGAUCCUACAUAUGAAUUAGAGGAGAUGAUAAUAGAGUCUAAACCUCUUCAUAAGAAGAAGAAACGAUUGGCCAAACAGAAUUCCAGACGCAGUGAGAGUGGCUGUUCUACGGAAGGUGAUACACAAGACGGAGAGGAAGAAAUCUACAAAUAUUUCCCAAUAUAUAAUAGGGAAAGAGAUAUAAUGACUAUUAUGAGAAUGAACAUAGGAGAGGACACAUCGAAAGUCGAAAUCAACAGUUGUUUCGACGGUGAAGGGGAGAGCCAAAUCACACCUGUUCAGGACAGCCUGGUAGAGGAGGAAGAGGAGGAGGAGGAAGAAAAUGACAUUACAGAUGAUGAAGGCCCUCCACCCUCGCUCGCAAACUACGGUCUGUCGCCAAGGAACAGUGAUGGAUUCGGUUGUAGCUUUGUGUCCUCAAAUCUCCCAGCCAGCGACAAGAGAGAAGUGUACCGUGGCGUCCGAGCACGCUCCCUGGAUUAUUACCAUGGGCCUGUACCAAGGAGAGACAUGGGGCGCAAAUACUCCCACCAACCCACUUCCUCAAGCUGACAUCAAGGGAGGUUACUCUCAUCAACUGGUUGUUGAAUUAAACAACGCAAACCAGAAAAUGUGAAUUUAAUUUAGUACUAGAGAUUUUUUGGUUUGUGAUUUUCUAAUCUAAAAAAGAUGAUAAUGAAGACAGGUGUUUCAAAGAUGAAAAUGAACAAAAAACAUUACACAAGUAUGUGCAUUGAUAUGGAAGGAGUUGUGACUGUAACAAAUAUGGAAUGAUUGCUUUUUUACCCCAAUAUACUUGUGAAGGAAAAGUAAUAAGGGAACUACAAGUAGGCCAUGGUGAAAUCUGCUGUUAACAUUACUACAUUGCUGAGAUUACCACAUCUACCACCCAGCUGGACCGUUUAUUACCAUAAUUUACCCUGUUAAGGGUGAAUCUAUCAGGACACUGAAUAUUACAGUAAAACCUCGUUAUACUGCCACCAUUUGUACAGAGAAAUUCUGGCAUUAUAAAGGGGUUUGGUGA